AGAGCGCACGAUAAAGUGCGUGGUAGUGGGUGACAGCGGGGUGGGGAAGACUCACAUGCUGCUCACGCUCCAGCGGGGCGAGCCCCCGGCGAAGGGAGAGACCCUCCCGGUGAUGUGCGAGAUUCACACGACAAACGUCGAGUGGCGACCCCAGUACCUCCCCACCGUGGACCGCGGGGACUCGAGCGACGCGGACGACUCCAGGUCGCGCUCUCCCGCGCCCCAGAAGAUCGCGCUCCAGGUCUUCGACACCUGCGCCAGGGAGAAGCACGCGAGGCUCAGGCCCCUCACCUACUUCGACGUUGAUGUCUACAUCGUCGCGUUCUCCGUGGCUGACCCGGCGAGCAUGGAGCACGUCGCGUCGCUCUGGCUCCCGGAGCUCCAAAAGCUCGGGCGGAAGCGCAUGAAGGGCGGCGCGCGGGAGACCCUGUGCCCCGUCGUCCUCGUCGGGCUAAGGACGGAGGCGAGGCAGAACAGUCUCUUUGGGGAGGCGACCGAGCAGGCUGGACGCGCGUUCGCCGAGAAGCUCGGAAUCCAGGGUUACACCGAGGUUGCUCCGGACGGGGACGUCACCGACGUGUUUCAGGCCGUGGUGGAGACGUACAUGAAGAACCUCAAGGUGGAGAGCUGCGCACAAACGUGCGUGGUGAUGUAGAACGGGCGAAAUAGCCCAGAGAACCGGGGGCGCGGGUGUUCCCAUGUGCCCCGAGGAGAAGAUAUUUUUAGCACUGAAACCUUUAAAUGUUGUUCCGCGCGUU